GGCAGGACUAUUAACUUUUAGAAAAGCAGCUGUAAGCUACUCUGAGCCCACAGGAUGGAUGGGAGUGUUUCUUAAAAAAUAAAUAAAUCUGUGUGUCUGCAUCUGUCAACGAUGAACAACACCUCAUACUUCUGACAAAAUAGGAUGUAACCAAAGAAAGGUUAUGUAAGAAUCUAAUAAGAGCCCUUCUGGGUAAGAGCAAAAGCCCAUUUAAUUCAGCAUUCUGGUUCAGAUUGUGGUCAGCUGUUAGCUGUUUUUGUGAAGCUGGACAGGGCCUCCGAGUAACUGGCCUUCAGAAGUCUAUUUCCUCUGAACAAGGAGGUUCCAUUCCAUGGCUAAUAACCAUUGCUAAAUUUCUUCUGUUAGUCCUGAGAAGCCACUAAAGUUAGCAAACGUCAGACAGCAGCCCUUAUGGCAGAAAUGGAAAGGUCUAAUUUUGUGCCAGCUGUGCCUUGCUGCUGCGUUCACGCCCCCCCCCCCAGUCGCCAAGCCGCGUGAGAUUCCGGGGGUCCCGGCGCUGACUCUGGGCUCCUGUUUCCUUCCAGCUCGAUCUUGCGCGGCGCAAAUUCAAGCCCGGAUCGUGCGCAGCGCCCGAGAGAGAUGCGCGUGUGCAUGGAGACGGUCGCGUCCGUCAGCCUCUCCGGUUUCCCCCGGGAGGUGGCAGCCGCGAGAGCGCGCGCGGCGCGGCCAGCAGGAGCCGGGUGCUCCCGCGAAGGGGAUUUCGGCGAGCAUGAAGCGGGCGGUGCUGCGCGCUGGGGCGCGGAGGAGCUGAGCGAGGCUCUUGCGGGCGUCUCGGCCGCUCUUCCAUGGGGCUGAGCGACUGGCUGGAGGCUUGGUGCUGCUGCUGCGGCUGCCUUCGAGGACGAUGCCCGGGCGACGCGGCGCUUCCAGAGAAGGAGCCCCUGGUCAGGUAAGCGGGCAACGGGUUGCGCCGCCGCCGCCGCCGCCGAGCGCCAUCCUCCAAGCAUUUGCUGCUUCACGCCAGCCCGAGGCUGCCGGGGGCGCAUUGGCCGAGUGGCCCCUGCCUGUCCGGCGAUGAGGCUCUUGGCUUCCCUGCGGGACCCGGCGCGCCUCUCUCCGAAUUGCUGCGCCGCGGAGGUGGCUCCAGCUGGUCAGCAUCCUCUUUCAGGUCCCGCCGAGAAGCCUGCAAACACGGCGGGAAGGCAGCCGUCCUCCCCGGAAUGUCUACUGCCUCGGAACGGGGAGCUUCUGUAUGUUUCCAGAUGGAGGUCUAUUAUGGAGUCGUUGUACAAGUUUUUGUACCAUCCACAUGACGUUUUCAAAACGCCAGCCUGUACUUUUUACUUCCGGAUUUCCUUUUAGUGUGCCAUAUCCAUUAAGUAAAAAACUGGUGUGCAUUUUAGUGCAUCUUUAAAGGGCGCACUUUGGCUUCUGUCAUCCCAUGGCUACUUUUCUUUGCUCCUCAUCCCAGCAUGCCCCUGUCAUUUUGUUUUCAGCUCCCCAAGCAAUAUUAGCACCGAUUGGCACAUGAAGUCAUGUUCAAAUUUCAACAACCAGAAGAAUUCAGUAACAUUUGAGUUGUUGAGCUGGAUGGGCAGUGCUUGCUUGAGUCUUCUGUUUGCAUCUUUGCCAUCUUCCUGGGGUGUUCUGCUAACUGCUUAUGAUGCACAUGGGUGUAGCCAGGAUUUUUGUUGGGGGGCAGGCCUUUUGUUGGGGGGGCAGAACCUCAGUUAGCUAUGUAUUUUUAUUAAUUGGUGGAGCAGCUGCCCCCCCCUGGCUACACCCAUGAUGCAUGUUGAUGAUCUGUUGGGUGUCUGCUGGAGAGACUCUCCUUGCUUGUAAUGCCUAUUCAUCUAGCCUUAGAAACACCUUUGCACGAGAAGUGAAGUUGAAAUGAUUUUUAAAAUGAUGCAUGAACGUGGAAUUAAGGGCUGGAAAAUGGAGCUCCCUUUGGAAUCUGCCCUAGUUUGCUCUGGUUUGUGGAAUGACUGGCACACUACUGCCACCAAGCCACUCUGCUCCUGGGCCUAGUUUCACUGAGGUGGUAAACCUGUGUUUGGGCAACAGGGGAUACACAGGGGUAGAUGCUUCCAAACAAUAAUAAUAUUGGCUAGUUUGGAGUGGGAUGAGGGUUAGCAUGUUUUUAUACAGUGAGCCAAAUUGUAUUUUGUUCUUGCUAUUCCAUUUAUCAGAUUAGUUGUGAGUACAUGGUGCAAUUUGCCUGGCUAAUUUGGCUGGACGCUACAGACAACUUGAUCGCCACAGCCAUGCCCAUUACAAACAGCUGUGAUGAGCAACCUGUUUGUAGCCAUCCUCAAUGGAUGGAGGUUAUUGGUACACACUCUGGGGUCUUAAUUUGCGUGUGGGUAGCUGUGUAUGGAAUAGUUCAGCAGCCAAGCUCCAGUAAAUAAGAAUUUUGUACUUUUAUGAUAAAAGUACUGAUUUUGGUAUACACAAAGGCACCCUAUGAAGCUCAAAUUAAGAUAGGGAGACCUUUCUAAUCUCAAAUUCAAAUUUGUGGGCAUUUUUUGUAACUCUGCCCUCAACUGCUGUGUUAGAAGUAGGUUUCCAGAUUUGGGAUAUACCGGUAGCUUCCUCACUUGGGCUGAAUUCCUAAAUGCACUGACCAGGAAUUUAGGGUCAUUGGGGCUUCAGACAUACACAGGAGUACACAGUGUUGGUGCUGAGGACUCUAUGUGUGAUUACUACAGAACAUAACUUGAGGCACUGCUUGUGUGAACAAAGCUGAUGUUGUCAAGAAAGCUGUGCUGACUCUAUUUCAGAACCCAAGGCAGGACUCGAGCAAACUACAGUAACUUUAGAGCAUUUGAUCUGCUUUCUCUUUCUAUCAGAACUCAAAACUUUCUAGGCCCCACUCCCUUGUUCAUGGCCUGGCAGCCUGAGGAGACAGUGUGACGGUCACAGCUUGUGGACAGGGCAUCAAACCGUAGUUAAGGUUCCUUAAUUGUAGCAUGCAUGACAUGCUGAAUAGAGUGUUAUCUGAAUAGAGUGUGUGAGAUGUUUGUUGCUAGGAUUGUCACUCAUAGUAAUUUUAAUCCAAGCUUUGGUAUGGUAUUUAUAAUACUUAUAGCCUACCUUUCCCCCACAAGUGGAACUCAAGAGUGCAUAGGCUUUCCAAACAUUCUCCCUUCUGUCCACUAACGAGACACAGCUUUGUUACUUCCAGCAAAGUACCGUAUUUUUUGCACCAUAACACUCACUUUUUUCCUCCUAAAAAGUAAGGGGAAAUGUCUGUGCGUGUUAUGGAGGGAAUGCCUACGGGUGGCAUGCCUACGGAUUUUCCUCCUCUAAAAACUAUGUGCGUGUUAUGGUCGGGUGCGUGUUAUAGAGUGAAAAAUACGGUAACUACAUCAUGUGUUUCCCAACCUGGGACUUGUAGCAGCUUGUGAGCAGGAGUGUUUGAAACUAGCUAGGCAUGUUUUGUGACUGGCACAGGUCCAGUUGCGACCAUGUGGAGAUUUCUGGGUGCUAGCUUGGUGACUGACGUCCCUGGCUGGCCUCUCCAGCUUUCUUAAGCCGGUAUGCAGAAGAGCUUAUAUACAACAUUUAUAUCCCACCUUUUUGUUCAGGGAGUACAUGGUUCACCCCCUUCCAUAGUUAAUCUCUACAACAACCUGGCAAGGUAGGCUAAGAGGCUAUGACUGGCCCAAGGUCAUUCAGUGAGAUUCCUGACUGAGCAGGGAUUUGAACCCUGAUCUCCCAGGGCCUAGUCUGACACUCUAACCACUACGCCACACUGGCCCCCUAGAGUUUACUUAGAGAAGGAUCUGAACUGUUUUCCUUGAAACUUGAAUUUCUUUUAUUCUGGAUUAUUUUAUUUGAUGUUUUAAUGUGUUGUAAAGUGAAAGUAAUAAUAAUAAAAUCUCAUGUAAAAAAAGGCGCCUAGAUAUUCUGUUGUGCCCAUAACCGGGGUUUAAGGUGCCGUUUGGCAAUUAUCACUGGACUGAACAAUGUACUCGCACAAUUCUUCUCUAACCAAGGAAGUUUACAGCCAAGAGGCAGAACUUGACUACCCACUCUCCUGCUUGCUGUACAGGAUGAAACAUGAGUUUAUGCUGGGCAUGCUACUAUUUGUGCCCAUAGACAGCAGCUCUGUCUUUUCACAGCAUGGGGUUGUAAAUGAGGGCCCUUUGUGAGGCUCAAAGGAUAUUUGUGCUUUUGGCCAACAAUAUUCCUGGUUGGUUUGCCAGGGUGGGUGGGUAUGUUGCUGCUUUUUUCAGGCAGGAGUUAUUGGUACUUUAAUAGUGUUUUUGGAAGAAGGCACUGACAAAAUGGAAAGUAACUUGACACUGUGUUGUGGGUUAUUUUUUCAUAUUAUGAAAUUGUGCGGCUUUCACAAGUAUGAGUAAUACAUCUUUCUACGAUCUCAUGCCCCACACCCAAGUGCUAUUUGUUCAUUUGUGUACAGUGGUACCUCAGGUUAAGUACUUAAUUCGUUCCGGAGGUCCGUUCUUAACCUGAAACUGUUCUUAACCUGAAGCACCACUUUAGCUAAUGGGGCCUCCUGCUGCUGCUGUGCCGCCAGAGCCCGAUUUCUGUUCUCAUCCUGAAGCAAAGUGCUUAACCCGAGGUACUAUUUCUGGGUUAGCAGAGUCUGUAACCUGAAGCGUAUGUAACCUGAAGCGUAUGUAACCCAAGGUACUACUGUAAUUCUGUCACUGAUUUCUAAUGUUCAUAGCUUGCCAAUUCUUAAACAAUAGGCCUCAAAUGCCAACUCAUUUGGAUAAAUCCUUCAUAGGAUAUGAUUAAUGGUGUCCUUUUAGUAAGUGAGCAUAUGUAUGUGCAGUGCAAGCAGUGGCCAUUUUGUGUGUGUGUGUGUGUGUUUCCAUUCCUGGCCCCUUUGCACAUUGGCGGAGUUCGUAUAAGUGCCCACUCCCUGUUCCGAGUCCUAAAGGACUUGCCGAUCGCAGGUCAAUUGGACACACCUGCUUGUUUUGAAGUGUUGCCAUAUGUGUACAGCACAGUAACAUUUAUAUUCCACUCUCUUUUUGUUUGCAUAAGAUUGACCUGUCAUCAUUGACAUAUAUGUAGCAGGUGGCAAACUGUUGGCUACGAGCCGAGUAAGAAAAACCAUACAAACCAUCUGUGAUGCCUGUUAGAUAUGUGCAGUUAUUACACCUGGGAUUUAUUUUUAUUUUUUAAAAUAAUUUUUAUUAAUUUUCAAUUAAUAACAUUCCAAUUGGUAGCAAAUCAAAUCUUGCAACGUCAUAAUACAAACAAUAAAGCCAAUUAUACAUUCCAAAUUAAAAAUUUGCAGAGGGCUUCCCAUGUUCUGGCUGUCGGGAGAAAGUUCUUUCACUUGUUCCUGCUUUCUUUCUUACACCUGGGAUUUAUUCCCCCCCCCCCCCCGUGCCUACAGAAGUACUUCAUGUGCAGGGAAUUUGUUUGAAAAUGAUCAUAAGAUUUAAUGGUCUUACAAUUCCUCUGUUCGUCUUGUUUUGCAUGGUAACUGAUGCCUUGCAGAAGAAUCUAAAGGAUUUACCUGCCUGCAGUGCCCUGUGCUGCUGAUGCUCACGGUUUGACACAACACCUGUUUUGAGUGUGAUGUGUUGUGAGUAUAGCUCUGAGCUCUUCCCUUCUCCAGCCCAUUAGCACUGUGGCAGACAAAAGAAGCUGCAGUAUUCAUACAGGAACAUCUGCUCUAUAAAUUUUAGAGUAUGCUGUGCAAAAUCUCUUAAUUUGCACAUGUUGCAGUUUGUUUUAGGGAAGUCUUCCUAGUUGAUGUAAUAGAUUUGUAAUAGAAUAUCUUUCCUUAGUAGGGCUUUAAAACUACCAGUGUGAGCUAACUAAUAAUGACCUCACAAAGGAAAUUAUGUAGGGGAAUUGUAAUUUACUACUAUAACUAGUGGGGUUUGCAAACUGGGCACACAUUACUGAAUGUUGAUACAAAACAGUCUCCAAGCAAGCACAUUUGUUUGCAGGGUCAUCACACAAACAUUUUAAAAUGGUACUUGAAGAUGUUUAUAGGGUAAGUAAAUGUUUAUAGGGUAAGUAAAUGGAAUAACGUCUUUCCCACCUCUUCCUAAGAGUUAGGCUGCAGCAUUUAAUUGAUAUGAACUUUUAAUAUUACUACUCAUAACAAUAACAUUCUUUCCUAUGUGAGUGUAUAGUAGUACCUGCUGCAAUAGAAAUCUGAUUAUUUUUUUUGUCAAGCCUUUGCUUUAUUCAUAUGAACCGUUAUGCAGAUUCGGUUAAAUCCUAGAAAUCUGUACUAAGGCUCAUGAUUAAUUAAACUAGGAUUUCCUUGAUCACAUAACUGUCCUAUUUAGAACCUGUGUGGGGCAAAAUAUUUCUGUACCUUAUUCAUCCUUGUGCUUUACUAGUGGGUAGACAGGCUUCUUUCAUUCCCACUUUAGGCCUCUUAAGUGAGUCCUGGUGAGAUGGGAUUAGUAUAAUUGGCUUUUUAAAGAAAUGUGAACUAGAGAAAAUGUUCCUGCCUAAUUGAAGUGGCCCAUUAAAGAAUAACUGUUUCAUGGCCUUUAUCCAACUAUAUUCUGGUGUUUUUGGUGGUGAAUUUGUCGUGGCAGUGCACCUAAAUGAAUUGUUUAGCGUUUAAUUGAGGUUCUGUAAGUGGUAUGUACUAAUCCAAACCCAUUAUUUCUAAAGGCAUGUCAAUACCUUACUCGGAAAAUACAGUUCUCUGUUAUUUUAUAUUCUCCAAGUGGAUACUAAUGGAAAUUACUCAUGCUUCUAAUUGCAGAAUUUAUUUUAAAAAGCAACAGAGUGAAACAUAAAUUCACAACAGCUGUCAGUGAAAGGUUUGCUGUUCAGGGUGUGCCAAAUGACUUCCAUUUUCUACUAUUCUCUAUAACAGGCAUAGGCAACCUGGGCCCUCCCGAUGUUUUGGGACUACAACUCCCAUGAUCCCUAGCUAACAGGACCAGUGGUCAGGGAUGAUGGGAAUUGUAGUCCCAAAACAUCUGGAGGGCUGAGGUUGCCUGUGCCUGCUCUAUAAGCAAGUAUAUAUUUUGUUGGGAGUCCUAAAUGGACUGGCAGAGCAAAGCAACUCAUCAGAGAAGAAGUGUUGUCUAAAGGCAAAAAUUUUUCAUUUUCUUUUUGUAAACAUAACUUACUACAACAUUAUGAAACUCUGAUACCUAUUCUUUUGAGGAAGCAUACCUAAAGCAUACAGGGAGAAAAUGUGUAGUAGUCAGUGUCCGAUUUGGUCCUGUAAAACCUCAGGUUACAUUAACACAAUCAUCAGCUGUGAGUGAGAGAGACACUUGGGGCCGAACUAGAAGGGACACAGAAGAUCAUUGAACAGGGUCUCCCUCUUUAUAAAUGUCUUUAAAAGGAACAUUUUAAAGACAUUUAAAGAGCUGGGAGUCAGGAGUUGGAUUGGAACCAUGGUCCAGGGGCGGAUUUAUCAUGUUUUUAUCAUGCUUUUAUCAUGCUUUUAAUAUUCUGUUGGGAGCCGCCCAAUAAUUAUUUAUUAUUAUUAUUAUUAUUAUUAUUAUUAUUUUAUUAUUUUAUUAUUAAACUCUUCUCCCCCCACCCUUGUCCUGAUUAAAAUGGCUGAAGUUACUGUUUGCCCUGUAGGGGAAAACGUAUUGGCACUUUAAAGUUUUCCCCCUGGAUGGUGAACGGUGAUACAGAUUUAGCUCGUUGAGGUGCGUCCUCCUGAAACCAGCCAGCUCAAGGGGCCUUGAAAACUGUCUGCUCCUAGAUUGUGGUUUGUUUCACGCCAAACAAACUCUGUUAACCCAAGGUUUGCUAUUCGCCUACAAAUCAUGACCAAAACAGACCAUAAUCCCCAGUUUGGAUGUGACAGUAAGCCAGAGAUCGCAGUUUGUUCCUCCUGCUUGCUGAUCUCCUCCAGAGAUCGCAGUUUGUUCUCCCCCAGAGGAGAGGAGCAAAGCAGAAGCGGAUUCCACCAUGAAGUGUGAAUCAGGCCAUUCUCUCUGUCUUGCCUUUCCUUUCCCCUUGCCUUUGUUUCUAACUGCUUAACCCCCUCCCCCAUCCCACCCCAUGUGUAUUCCUACUUGCCAGCUUCAAUGCAUUCAAGAAGAAGAAGAGAAGAGUUUGGAUUCAAUGCAUGUGAUGAAGCUUCUGCCAUGAAAAUAUUAUCUUUAUGGUGCCACAAGAGUCUUAAAUUUAUUUGCUGCAGCUACCCUUCUAUAUUUAUUUAAGAAAAUGAAAUACUGCUAUGAAACAGUGGGUCUCAAACUGUUGAACCCAAUCCUUCCCUCUUUGAUUUAUGCUCCUUUCCAGUCUCCUCAGCCAUCACUUGCAGCCAUUCUUCCCAUGUGAAUGCACCAAACCAGGCAGAGGCAAACUCGGCCCUCCAGAUGUUUUGGGACUACAACUCCCAUCAUCCCUGACCACUGGUCCUGUUAGCUAGGGAUGAUGAGAGUUGUAGUCCCAAAAUAUCUGGAGGGCCGAGUUUGCCUAUGCCUGCACCAAACCAUUACAGGGGUGCAUAUGAGCAGUGCCUCUGCAUUUUGUGUGUGUGUGAGUGUAGUUGGCUUGGGACGCUCCUCAAGAUGCCAAGAAGAAGAGUAAAACAAGGCAUCCUCCUGAAACCAGACAGCUCAAGGGGGCUUGAAAACAUUACACUGCCAGAAAUACACAAAACCAAAUGUAAAGGUUGCAAGUUUGCAGCAAAAUCCCUUUGGAUGGAGAGAGUAAGUGUGUGUUUUGUAUAAGAUACGAAAGUCAGUUUUAAAGAUCUGACAUUCACUCAGACUUAGCACUUUCUGUUUCCUCAUUUUAUAAGCUGCUUUAGUUUGCUAGUCUUAAUUAGGCCUGGGUGAUAUAUCAGUAUAUUGUCCAGGGCUGGUGUGAGGUAUGACUGUGGAGUGACUGCGGUGGCAGCUUCACUCAGCGGUAUAUCGGUAUAUUGCGAGCGAAACUGCCGCUGCUCCUGAGUCCCUCUGCUACCAGCGCACUGAGGAAAAAACAAGCUGCAGUCGGCGCUGGAGGCAGAGGGACUCAGGAGCGGCGGCAGUUUCACCCGUGAUAUACCGCUGAUUGAAGCCGCCAUACCACUCUGCCAUCAUACUGGCACAGAGGGAGAUACAAGAUGCAUCGACGAGGCGCGAUACGGCUUGUUCCUAUCUCUGCUUCUUUAAACUGCUUGGCUGGCCGUGCCUCAGUCAAGCAGUUUUACAGGGCUGGAGGUAGGGUGGAGCGCCAUUAAAAGGCUCCCACCCUCCAGCUGAGGGAGCCCCAUCCUUCUCCAGCUUGCAUGCAAGCAGAAGGACUGAAGCUGAUCAGCUGAGGAGCAGGAGGCUUCAGAUGCCCCAGCUGAAGAAGUCUAACAGAGCCACCACCGCGCCUCCGGCUUGUGCAAGCCAGAAAUAGGGCGGGGGCUCCUUUAGACUUCUCAAUGGAGGGGUGGGGGUAAGUUAGACUUCCUCAUUCUAUUUCCCGGCCUGCCAAGGUGAUGGUGACUGAGACAGGCCUGUGUGUGCUUGCCUUGUCCUCCACUGCCUUGGCAUGAAGUCAGAUGGGAAAAAGAGGUAGCCUGCCCGUUGGCUACCGUCGCGAGGAUGCCUUCGCUUGGGAGGUUAGGCUACAUCCCCCUGUCCCUCCAGCUCAUAUGCAAGAUGGAGGGACGUGGGGCUUGCUCAGCUGGGGGCAGGGAGAGCCUUCUUGCACCCCGGCUGAGAAGCGCACAGAAGCCCCACAUUCCUCUGGCUCAUGUGGCUUGUUCAGGGGGCAGGAGCCCCCCAGCUAAGCAGUGCAAGUUCCCUCCAGGCCAAGCACUGGGCACAAGCUGUGUCGUCCCCACGAAAGCACCUCGGCUCCCUCGAGAGCAGUGGCAGUUUCACCCUGGCGCCUCACGGGGCUGGGGGUGAUGCAUUGUGGUAUAUCACCAGACCCCACAAUGUUUGGCUGGUGAUAAUUGUGAUGUUGAAAACCUGAGAUCACCCUAGUCUUAAUUUUGUACGCUCUGGAUUUGAGGACUGAGUUUCUUCUGUUUGGUAUAGCAGUUUGCACACGGUUAGUGCAAACAAGCAAGCAAGCAAAAAAUUGGUGAGUGAACGCUUUUCUUUUCAGUACUGAAGAAGAAGUUGCUCUAGUGCAUUUUCUCUUUGCCUUGGCUCUCCUUGUUUUUCACAAAGUGAGCUCCUGAUUUGGACUGGGUUGCAGUGCUAGGGGAGAAAGUUUAAUAGCCUCUCCACCCUGCUCAAGUACCGCUUUCCUGGCAUCAGCAUGGUGCACUUAGCCUUUCUGCAACCUGCUUUAGGCAAUCUGAAAAGAAGCCAGAGUGCUGGAUUUAAAGAACCUUGUGGGAGAUGUGAUCACAGCUGUCCUGUUGUCUCAUUUAGUUUGGCCUUCACUGAGGGAAGAAAUCUCUUUCUGGGCUGAACCACUUCACAUGGGAAAUGGUUGGGGGAGAGGUUGUUUGGUCUAGCCUUUGCUUUACUACCUGCAGAGAAUCACUCUUAACCCUAAUCCCACCUCCUAUCCCCUGGGCUGCUCUAAACUAAAAAUCAAAGUGUUGGCAGAGAAGAGCUAGAAUUAAGUUUUCUUUGCUUUGUGAGCUUCCCAGAGAUCUCCUGCCAUGGAGUGGCCAUAUAAAGGGAGAAUAAAAUAAAAGAUAAAUCUUGGAUCUGCUGUGUAAUGUGUGGUUUCUAACAUAGGAUGGGCCCUGCUUAAUCAUCCGUAACCUCUAAGCAGCAUACAUAGAAAUAUUGAUAAAGCCAAACAUUAAAGGCAAGCUAAUCUAAAAAUGCAUUAAAAUAUAAGUUAAAUCAGUUGUUUAAAAUAUACAUAAAAUAAUAAAACCACAUACUAAAAUUGCAUGCCUUCUUGUAAGCUAGAAGUGAUAUAAAAUAUAAGUGUAAAAUAUAAGUGAUGCUGGCAAUUCAUAUGAUUUACAUCAUUAUUUCAAAGCUGCAUUGCUAACAGAGCUUCCAUUUCUUUCUUUCUUGUAUUUCAGUAAUAACAAUCCUUAUGCUUCAUUUGGAACAACUCAGGCAUGGGAUGAAGAGAAAAACUUGUGGAGUGCCCCUCACGACAUCUCCCACACCGAAGCGGAUGAUGACCGGAUAUUGUACAACUUAAUUGUGGUUAGAGACAAAUUGGACAAAGAUUCUGAGGUAAGUCCUGUAUGCGGACACUGAAUAAAUGCUCAAGGUAUGCUGAGAGUGAAUGAUUAUGGUUACGAUUUUAAAAAACCAAAAAAAUGCCCUUAUUGUUAACCUGAUGGAUGCUGUUAGUUCUAUUAACUUGAUCCAGAAAUCUUGAACAUAGUUUUUUUUAAUGUUAAUUUGCACAUAUCUCUUCAGCAAGAGAAAACACAGCUGGAAAAAAAUUAAGCAGCUAAUUAGAUUAAGCAAAAGAGUUGCUUAGGAAUUUCUAAUUUAGGGUUGCUAUAUUUUGAAGAGCAGAUCAGACUGCAGAUCAGACCUUUAACCCAACAUAUGGCAACCCUAGUAUGUGUCUCUGUUUGUGUGUAUCUAUGCACUCAUAUAAGGGAGGGGGAGAAGGGGAGGGGAGUGUCAGUGUAGAGGGAAGAAUAGAAUGAGAGGCUAGAUGAAGAUCAAAAUGAAAAGAAAAAGGAAGGGGGAAGGGAAGAAUUGAAUGAGGGUAAAGAGUGCAAGAGUAGGAGUAGGGGUUUGGAGGUAAAAGUCAGAGUUCAAGACAGAAUCAAGUUAGAAAUGGGAGAAAUGGGAUGUUAAAAAAUCAAAAUGUAAAGAUUUCCCUCCUCUUUCUUUGGAGUUAAAAAUGCAAAAUCAAGAUACAAAUUAAGGUUUGAAGGAAUAAACCAAAAAUUGAAAGUUAAAAGGUUAAAAUCUUUGGAGGCAGAGUUUAACCAGCUGCUGUGCGGUUCUCCCUAGCUCUGGGUCCUGGUAUACUCAGCUGAAAGUUAACACAGCUCUCUCCUGCCUCCUCAAAUUGGCAGAGAGAGGGGACAAGAAUGUAGAUGAAAUGAAACAAUAACAAAAUAAAAAUAAGAGGGAAGGAGACGGAAAAAUCCCUUUUAAAAGAGAGGAAAGGGGAGGCAAGAUGGCGAUCGCCACGUCCUCACAGAGCUGCUAGGGACCACCAACAACAAUUACAUGGUUUGGCUGGUCCCCACGCCACCGACACCACCACCACCGUUGCAAAUGGGGGAGAGCCAGGGGAGCCCAAUGUGAGAGCCAAAGAGGCCACUUGGAGCCCCCUGUUCCCCAGCAACCUCUGCCCCGGAUUGCCCUGCCAGCAGCCAAACAGAGCCCGGAGGCCUGGGGAGCUGAGCAAAGAAACUCACCCCUCUCCGGAGCUGAGGAAAGAAUGCAGCGGUGCCCCCCAUCUGAGCAUCCCUCCACGGCCACCACUGCCAUUGCCGCCACCACAGGAGGAAGGCAGGAAGGGACUGGGAGACCCAAGGAGGCCAUUCACAGCCUCAUGGGUGGCUGGAAACGGGAGCAGGCCAGGGAGCCGCAUACCGGGGUCAUCCUGGGAGGAAGUGCACACUGCGCGAGCCUUUUCCCUUCCAGCGGAGGGGUGCCGGCAGCAGCCAGUGACGGGUACAUCAAGCGGCGGUGGUGAUGAUCUCAGGGAGUGGGCUUGGGUUACCCAAUUCAGCUCUUCCCUUGUUAUUAUUAGACUUAAAUUUAAACAAUAACUUUAAAUGCAGGGACUUAGUAUUUUUUCUAUUAUCAGCAGCCCAAUUAACAGUAGUCGGAUACUGGAAACAACCUAUAGAAAUUCCUAUUGCAAUCUGGGUAAAUAAUAUUUGGAAUGUGGCUCUAUCAUGACGCCUUACUCGUCACAGAGGGGUAAUUAAAGGCACUUCAAGAAUAGACACUUUUGGCGAGACUUGGCUUCCAUUCCUUUCGUUUAUAAAUGAGACAAAAGGUACUUUUAUUCCACCCACAAUACAAGAAUCUCUGUGGAGAGGAUGCUUGAAUUGAUAAUGCAUAAAUAAACAUAUUGCUUGCGUACUGUGUUCUACAUAUGAAACUUAAUAAGAAUGUACCACUGGACAAGUUACUGUAGUUAUAUGUUGUUCUUGUAUUUACAUGAAAACCAAUAAAAAUUAUUUGGACCCCCCAAAAAGUGGCAUUUGUUUUGAUUCGCCCCAAACAACACUAAAAUCAAGGGUGGGAGUCAAGAGGGUGAUCAAGAUGUUCAAGGGUGUGGAAAUCAAGCCUUAUGAGGAACAGUUGAAGAAGCUGGAUAUGUUUAGCCUGGAAAAGAGGAAAGAGCCUUGAGAGGAAAUAUAAUAGCCAUCUUCAGAUAUCUCAAGAGCUGUCACAUGGAAAGUGGAGAAAGCUUGCUUCCUCCUGCUCCAGAGGGUAGGACCCGAACCAAUGGCAUCUAGUUACAAGAAGGAGAGUCUGACUAAACAUCAGGAAGAGAUGUUUGACAGUGAAACAGACUCCCCGGAGAGGUCCUGGACAUUCCUUCCUUAGAGGUUUUUAAACAGAGGGUGGAUUGUUAGAGCUAGUUUAGAUUCCUGCAUUGCAGGGGGUUAGGCUAGAUGACCAUCAGGGUCCCUUAUGACUCUGAUUCCACUAUAACUAGUAAGUCCCAUCAGUGAAAUUGUGCAAGAGCUUGUGCAAGGUAUCUUCCCUUAUCCCCCCCCCAUGCCCCCAAAAUUGCCUUUGAAAGAGGUUCAGGAGAACCCUUGUAGCAGCGUGCAGCUGGGGGAUUGCUUGCCCCAGUAGAAUGGUUGCCUUGGAGUGGUGUUCAAUGCAUCCUCUAGAGCACACAUGAAUGACACGGGCUGAUGUUAAGUGGGGCCAAAAUGGAUCAGGCAUCUUAGUCUAGACAGGGAAGUUGUAAACUGUGUUCCAGAAAAAUGACUUCUGAUUCUGUUAGCUUGUUGUAAGCUGCUUUAUCUUACAAGAGGCUUGUAACUUAUUGUAUUAAUAUUUUAAAAUACAACAGUGUUUGAGUGUAUUAUUGUCUUGAUUGAAGUCCCCAACCAUGCCCAAGAGAAGAGUGACGGAAAACAUGGAUCAAAUAUCGAGUCUCCUAAGCUAUUCAGAAGAAAUGUAUUGACUGGAGUGUUGGAAAAUGUUAAUUUGCAUGUACAAGCAUGUCAUACUGCUAGACACUGGCAAGAUCUCCAGAAAUAGAUUUCUGGAUUUAGAUGAUGGCUUAUAAAAAUGCCUAGUACUACUUUUCUAUAAAAAGAGGUGCCGGAACUCACCAUGAAGAUCUCCCUUGUUCUCUUAUAAUGGCAAUGGCACCCGCCUGAGAGGGGCCGGAACUGGCGAGUUCUGGUGAGUUCCGAAUGAAAAAAGCCCUGCAUAUGCCAAACACACUUCUGCUUUUCUUGACUCAUUUCCCCAGGGAAAACCCACACUUUACCACUGAAUCGGAGCAAACAUCAGUUGGGUUUUCCAUGGACUGAUGUUUGCUCAGAUUUAGCAGUAAAGAGCGAGUUUUCCUGGGGAAAGCAGCAGGGAAAACAGCUCAGACCCCUGCUUUCUAGGCAUGGGACCAGCAGAGGUGUGGAUGAGCCUGAAAGGCAGUGCUGUUGAGCUUGCUCAGAUAAAAGAAUGAAAGCAAGGAACUGAAUCAGCAAAGAUGUUUACAAAGGAUUUCCUGGAAUAGAAGUCACGAAACCUCCUUUCCUGUUUCCAGAAAUGGCUCCAUAAUCCCCCCUGUCAUAGUGUCAACAUGGUCAAAUAAAUCCCUCUUUACGUAGAAGAAAUAAGACUAAGAUACUUCCAGAUUAGCGAGUGAUCUUGGAAAGUAAAAGUCCAGUAAAGUAAGUGUGUGUGUGUGUGUGUGUGUGUGUGUGUCGCUUGAAGGUGCUCAGAGGAGGUGGAAGGAGUAGACUAGGAGAGCAGCAAGCUCUUAUAUGCAAUGACUUUCAUCUUCAGUAAAGAGCAAAAUCACUUUUCUCACUUCUUUAAAGAGGACUUGGUCCUCUGUGACAAGCAGUGGUUUUAGAUGGGAACUAUAACGGCAUGUGACUGGACAUAAUCCUCUUAGUGUUGUUACAUUCCAGCUCUCCACAUGGGUUUAGUAUAAGCUGGUAGCCUUUCAGAUUCAGAGGAUAGGUUUGAGAUGUUAGCAAGUGAUGGUGUCAGUUUUGCUGGUUAAGGGUAAUGCUUGACUGUUAAUCCUGCAGCUCAGUGGAUCCUGGAUCUUCCAUUUAUGUGGGACUGAGGCUUAGAAUUGCAGUGAUAUAAUUUUUUAUUUCCUGCAAGUAUACCCUAAUAACAGAGUAACUGAAAAUGUGUGUGGUGGGUGUUAUUCAAGUCUAUCUUUCUCACAUAUACUCUACCGUAUUAUUCUGUGUAUAAGACUAGGUUUUCCCCCUAAAAAAUAAUGUCAAAAAUUAGGGGGCGUCUUAUACACGGGGCCAUCUCCCCCCCAUUUUCUUAAAUCUGAGUCCCCAAAAACAGGGGGCAUCUUAUACAUGGGGGCAUCUUAUAGAUGGAAAAAUACAGCAGUACUCUGUGUAGGAAACUUUAUGUACCUUUAUGAGAACUAAGCCCUGAGUUAACUAUUUUGGGGGUUCCUUUUGUCUAUAUGUGAAUGAAAGGGGUUCAGCAGCUAGAAUAAGCAGCCACGAAGUUUGGGGAACCUUGCCUUAUAUACAAAAGUGCUUCCAUUUCAUAGUGUGUGGAUUUUUCUCUCUCUAGAGCAGGGGUAGUCAACCUUUUUAUACCUAACGCCUACUAAGGCAUCUUUCUUGAUGGUAGUUUCCUUACCGCCCCCCAGUGCUCGAUGGAAGGAGGAUUCAGCUUGUGCCGUAGAACCCCCUACCGCCCACCUAGAAUCCUGAAAUGCCCACCAGUGGGCGGGAGGGACCAGGUGGACAACCCCUGGUCUAAAGAAUAGAAGACAGAAGUUUGUGCAAAAUUGUAGACAUACUGACCGAAGGUAACCUUCAAUAUACUUUCAUGUUCCAAGCCACAAGACUGAAAAAGUGAAAGAGAAAUCUGUCCCCAUGUUGCUUUCACUUCUAGGUUUGCAUCUCAGUUUGAUUCCUGUAAUGACUUGGGGAAAGUACCACUGUGCUACUAUGUAAUUGAUUUCCACUGAAACAACAACCUGUUCCUCAUUUAACAUUUAUUCUUUUCAUAACAAAAUGAAUGCAUAUAAUUUUCUUUUUCUGAUUUCUGACUGUUGGAAUCUUGCAACGAACAGCUGCAACUUGAUUUAAGUACAUUUAAUAAACAUUUUGAAAAUCCAGUUUCACGGCAGUUUUCAGUGUGCAAAGUACUUUAUUUCUUGUUGAUCCCCACAACAAUCCCCACAAAUGAAAAAACCUGCUGGAUAGCUCAGUUGGUUAGAACGUGGUCCUGUUAACACCAAAAUAUCAGAUUCGAUCCCCAUAUUCCUGCAUUGCAGCGGGUUGGACUAGAUGCUUCUCAGGGUCCCUUUCAAUCCUGUGAUUUAUGGUUUUGAACUUCAGUGGUUAAUACACUGUAUGUCUGUGACUCAGAUAAUUAUGUUUGUUGAACUUCACAAGGCCAGUGAAGUGAGAGGCAGCCAAAAGUAGGAUUGCAGGCAGAAAUUUCAACAAUAUUAAUUUUAAAAUGCUCUCAAUAAAACAUGUAUUGCACAUAUCUAAGUAAGAAGGUGGGUUACUACAUUUUUCAAAAUGGCUCCUGACUGCUUUCUUUUAUUCUACAACAUCACAGUCUUUCCCUUUCCCUAUUGAGAAGAUGGUUUCAGGGAGAUAAUGACAUUGGAAAAUAAAGUAACCCAAGGACUUGUUAGAGAACUGUGAAAGGCUUUGACACUUGGGUAAAUCAGCCACAUCUUAAGCGAACAUUAACUUUUUCUUUGAGCCACAGCACAGUACACCAACACAAGGCAAAGAGAACAUAGACCCCAAUUAUUUAGCCUACGUUCUUUGAAAGAAAUCCAAAUUUGGUGUCCCAAUUAUUGAAGGAACUGUAUUCAGUGCUGAUGGUGACCUUGCAAGAAGAAUGCUACAGAAACUAAGCUUCACGGCACAAUGAAGCUGCUCUGCUGGACUGUCACAUCCCGCAGUACAAAAGAAGCCAAUCUCUUAGUGAGAGAGGAACAGAACAUUUGGAGAACAAUUAUGUACGGUCUGUUGGCAUGAUGUGUAUUUAAGCCUUUGGUUUUGUGUUUAAUUUGGCUUCCGUUUGACAUGUAGUACUCUCCUUUAUGCAUGCAUUUGAAAUCUUAAGCUCACGGAACAAAAGUUCUAGAAAUUUUGCAGGAUAGAUAUUGGGGAUGACUGACAACUUGGUGUUGUCCAUUUCUCCUGGGCAGAAAGGCUGGAGACACAGGGCCAUCCCACCCAUCAGGUGGGGUGAAGCAGCUGCCUCAGGUGGCAGAAACGCAAGAGGCAGUGCCCCCACAGGCAUCCUGCCCCAGUGCCACCACCGAAGCAAACCAGGCGAGGGAGGCUUUGGCAGCCGUGUAGAGUUCUGCCACCCAGAAAGGCGGCGGGCGGUGAUUUGAGGUUUGCAAAGCUAAUCUGUUAAGCUCUUGGAUUUUGUAAUGCUUUUGCCACAAUACCUGUAGCCUUAAAGUCUAGAAAUGACUGCAUAGGUUGUGAUAGGAUUAAGGCAGUUGAUAACAUACAUAAAUAUUUUUCUCACACUCAUUUGAGAGCUUUCUGUGUUGUAUAUUGAUGCUCAGCUGAGCCUGUUGUAAAGCAGAGGUGGGGAACUGCCUGGCCAGCAGGCCAGAUCCCUGAGUCCCCUCUCCUCCAUAAGCCAGCUUGGAUGGGUGGGGGGGCUGGUGUCAGGGGAUGGACACCUGUGAAAGUUCAGUAGAGGCUUUGGAGUCCAGCCCUUUAUCUAUUCUGCUUCCAGACUGCUCCACAACUGCACUGCAGAGUCAUAUUUCAGUUUUCUUAAAGUUGUAUAUUUUCCCCAGUGCUACUCCUGUUGAGCUGUAUUAUUAUAUCCAAAAUAGUGUCAUUCAGCUAAGAUUACAGACUGAAGAAGGGAAUUCAAAUGCACCCAAUUGGUAUAUGACACAAGAAAGUCAUUCAGUUUUUGUAUUAUUUCUUACAGUGUUCUUACAAUAUUUCUUUUUAUGUUGUGAACCACCCUGUGAUCUUUGAAGGGCAGUAUACAAUUUUAAUUAAUUAAUUAAUAAUACAAUCUGAUGUGUUGCCAAUUUGGUUUUCCUAAUAACUGCUACUUGUGAAAUUGUGAGGGGAGUGGUCCUACGGCUGUGGAUCUCAAGCAUUUUUCAGAGGCCUUAUUUUAUUUUAUUUUAUAUACCAUCCUAUACCUGCAGGCCUCAGGGUGGUUUACAAGAUAAAAUUACAAUAGAAAAACACAAAGCGCAUAAUCAAAAUAAAAACAAAAUAAAAAUAUAAACCAAAUAUAAUCAGGAACAGCCUCCCCCGCAACACACAUAGUUAAAAACAAUUUUAAACAAUUUUAAAAACACAAUUAAAAAGCAGGUCUUCCUUCCUUGCUGGGCAAGGAAGUCUGUAGUCUGUCAGGCCCUAGGACUUAAAAUUUUCUUAUCUCUCUUCUGGACCCAGUAGUCAGGGAAAUUAGACUCCUUUUAUUCCUAGCGACAUUUUUGUUCCCAACAAAGACAAUUUGGGACUGGAAGACACUGUUCAAGAUUUUUUGUCUUUCAGUCUUCCUGCCUCACCCCAUCAGCCUUAAACAGUGGAGACUUAUUAGAAGUCUUACUUCUUGCUUCUGUCCUCUUGACAUUUUGUUAAUGCUGCCGUGCUUUGUCAGUAUCCCAAAAAAGGUUUUGAACGAUAUUUUAGAAACUUGUCCUUCCAUAAGAAUGGUUUGCAUAUGUACUUAACAAAGGAAUAAUUUUGUAUAUCACUCUCAAAAGUAUGAGCAUGCUGAAACUUGUUAUCUAAUAUGGGCCAGUAUUUUUGCUUCCAGUGGAGACCCCACUUAGUAGUUUCUUUUGUGAUUUUUUGGUGCCUCCUAGUGGAGAAAUUACACAGAUCAAUGCUAUUUGAAGUUAAAAGGAGUAAUUGCACAAGUGCCUGCGAAGGAAACUACUUCUAUGUGGGACUGCUGUUUGCCAACACAAAGUUCUUGUUUCUGUGCCAGGCUACGGCACCUUUCUAUGUUCUGUCGCCAUCUUCUUUCCUCAAAUGAUUGAGCUCCAAUUACAGCUUCUAUGUUUCAGUUUCCUUUAGGGUUGCCAUACGUCUGGGAAUUCCCGGAUGUGUCCUCUUUUGUGGGUCCUACAUGCCUGUUGGGGGGGGGAUUUUACAUUUGAAAGCAAUUGUCCUGGAUUUGGGGUUUUUUUUAUGUGGGUGGGUGGCUCUGGUUGGUUCAGGCUCUGGCUCUGGCACAGGCAACUUGGGCUUGGACUCUGGCUUGGGCUCGGCAGUGGGGCUAUUGGGUCGACUGCCCUAAAAAAGCUUGCCGCUUCCACUUCCUGGGUAUAAUAAUUCAUGCAGCUUUCAAUAAAUUUGUGAGCAAGUCCUUCAUAGCCUGCGAACCUUCCUAUAAAUUGAUAAUAAUGCUCCUUCUGGAUCUUCAGUCAGCUUUAACCCAGUGAUUUCUGUUACUUCCUUAAACACCCUUUGCCCCCCAAAUUGUAAAUAUUUACACCCCCACCACGUGAACAUAAUUCCCUGUUUCCUGGCAUCAGACCAUCUCCAAAUUAAUUUAUAAUAUUUUUCUUUUAUCGACUGGACCUAAUGGUCAGGGGUCCCUUUACCUUUUUAUUCUUAUAGACGUUUUCAACGUACGUUUCUCCCAUAUUUCCCCCCCAGCUUUGACUAUCUAUUUGCCCUGAUGUCUCCUUUCCCCACACCUCUUUUAAGUGAUCUUCUUGAUCAUUUCUAGCAAUAUUUUAUAAAUUUCACUGGUUUCCCCUUUUAUAACUGUAUUUUCUUUUUUAAUCUCCCCUUUUAAUAAUAUUUUUUUACAAAUUUUGUAUAUUCUUUGCAGUUCUUGUUUUCCCUUAACCACUUCUUUGCCCAUUGCUCCAGUUGUAUACAGUUAUACCAUGUUAUUUUACUUCCUAUUAGAGCAUCUCUUAUUUGUUCUUUGCUUCUCAUUUUCUCUACCCAAUCAUUUAUUUUAAGUAUUUUCUUCUCUUUCGCUUCUUUCUCAAUUUCCUUUUUAAAAUUUAUCGGGAAGUCUUCUAUCAUCAUCACCACCAGGGUUAGUGGGGAAUUUGCUGGUAUCAAUUUUCCUUUAUAUUUCGCCCAUAUCUCAAUAAUAUUUUUUAAUAAGGGAUUUUCAAUAUUCUGCCCCUAUUUUCUAUUUGGUUUGAUAAAAAUAUAUAUUCACUAACUUCUCCUUCAUUUCCUGUGUACCACUCUCUAACCAUUCUAACUCUCCCUUGUUCUGUUAUCCCAUGUAUGACAUAUCUUAACUGAUUUGCUAUAUAAUAUAACUUUAUGUUAGGGAGCCCCAGUCCACCUAAUACUAAUACUAAUACUAAUUCCCCUCAUCACUGCUUUUAUCCUAUAUUAUUGCUUGAGUACUUUGGCUCUUCUUAUUGAUCUCCCAUAUAUCUAAUAAUUCUUUCCCUAUCUUAUUUACUGUUAUUGAAGAUCCUCCUGUCUAACCUCCAUCUUCUGGCUUCCUUGUAAUCAUUCUUUAUUUUUAAUACCAUAUUAACCAAUGUGUGGUCGGUUACCUUUAUUAUUCCAAUUUCCGUAUUCGUUAUUUUAGAACACUAAGAUUUUUGAAACAAAGAUAUAAUUGAUCCUUGAGUAGGUCUUAUGCACUGGCGAGAAGAACGGAAAUUUAUUCUCUCCUCCCCUCAUCACUCUCCAAACAUCUUUCAUAUCUUUCCUUUUCAUAAUUUUAGCUAAUCCUGUAAUGUUAUUACAUCUUUCCUCUGGAGUAGGAUUUGACUUAUCCAGUCAUUUAUCUAAUACCAUAUUGAAAUCUCCUGCCAUAACCAUAUAACCCUUUUGAAUACCCUCCAUUUCCUUAAACACUUCAUCAAAAAAUUCCUUCUGAUUUUCAUUGGGAAAAAUUGUUCCCUGAAUUAUAAUGUAUCUUUCCUCAGGAUCUUUCUUCAUCUUUAAUAUACUAAACCUGCAUCUCUUUGAAAUUAUACUUGCUAUCCCUCUAGAUUUUGAAGUACCAUAUGCUUUUUCAUAAUUAUUUAUACCUCUCAGUCUGAGUUCAUUAACCGCCUCUUUCAUCUGAUGCGUUUCCUGUAAAAAUAUUAUAACUUCUUUAUCUUUAUUCAGUAAUGUUUUUAUCCUCCUUUUCAUAAUCGACCCCAGCCCUCUAAUGUUUCAGGUUGAAAUCCUUAUUUCAUUAUCAAUGAGUUAAAUGUACUUCUUAAUUUCUGGUCUCGUGUCUUAUGAUACUUAUAUAACCCAUUACCCAUCCCAUUCAUUCCCUUCCCCCUUCCCCCAUCCUUCCCACCCCCCCAUACCCAUACAUUCCAUUUUGUCUUCCCCCCUAUUUUCCUGAGUUAUUUCACCUCUCCCAUUGUCCUAAUUGUUGUUGUGGGGGGGCGGGGGGGGGGCUCCUCUGAUCACGGAGCCACAGCAGAACUUCUUCUCCCAUUAUGUUUGUUAUGUCUUCACUCUGAUAUAAUUUCGUUCAGCCUUUACUUUCAGUCCUCAAUAGUCAUUUUUUGUCUCCUGCCACCCCCAGUUCCAUGAAAACAGGAUGCUGGAUUAAAUGGACCACUGGCCUUAUGUUUCUGUGUACAGGAUGUUUCUGAAAAGGGCCCCUUAUAGACAGCCAAACCAGCAGUAUUAGUAUGGUGCUCACAAGGAUGUUCAACCAAACCGGCAGUAUUAGUAUGGUGCUCACAAGGAUGUUCACUGUCUUCUUAAUAUUACAGGAGAUGUUUUCACAACAACAUUUCUGAAGUAGGAGGGGAAACAGGAGUUUGUUCUAAUGUUCUAAUUAACACUUGCAGCCAACAAACACGGCUGUGCUGCCAUUCCAAAGGGAGAGGGUCAUCUGUGACGGCAUUUAUGUUUUGAAAGUGCUUGGACUUGGAUUGACUUUAGACACCAGUAACCCACUCAACAAGGGAUGCAGGUGGCGCUGUGGGUUAAACCACAGAGUCUAGGACUUGCCGAUCAGAAGGUCGGUGGUUCGAAUCCCUGUGACGGGGUGAGCUGCUGUUGCUUGGUCCCUGCUCCUGCCCACCUAGCAGUUUGAAAGCACGUCAAAGUGCAAGAAGAUAAGUAGGUACUGCUCCGGUGGGAAGGUAAAUGGCGUUUCCGUGCGCUGCUCUGGUUCGCCAGAAGCGGCUUAGUCAUGCUGGCCACAUGACCCGGAAGCUGUACGCCGGCUCCCUCAGCCAGUAAAGCGAGAUGAGUGCCGCAACCCCAGAGUCGGUCACGACGGGACCUAAUGGUCAGGGGUCCCUUUACCUUUACCUUUACCUUUAACCCACUCAACUAACACGGGAACGGCUCAUGUAUGCCAUUAAUAGCCAACCUUCUCAGGUCCACCAGCAAAGCAGGUUCCACUUUAAAUAUAUUGCAUAUGCCUGUCCUCCUUCUCCUUAUAUUUAUUGGCAUUAUAAGGCCAUACCUUGUUCUUCUCUUUCCAGGAUGAGGGGGCAGGGGGUUCCUAUGGAAGGCGGCAUUCCCAUAAGCAGCUUUUAUCAACCCUGUGCAAUGUGCUCCACUUCUCAGAGUCCACUCUCUCACUCAAUUGUUAAAGGUAGCCCAGCUUCCUUUCUCUGCUAUCUGAACAUUGUGUUUUCCAUCUCUCUCUUCCUGUUAAAAUAUACCUCCCUCAAAAACACUGGUGGCACCACUGACCCCAUGUGUGGGUCUCACCCAUCAGUUCAAUUGUUAUGCAAACAAUUGAUUCCCCAACAGAUCAGUUGACUACAGAACUGUGGGAUCUGUAUGGAAGUUCACAAGUCCCUUGGCUAUCAGAUUGCUUGUUCAUUGACUAAAUGUGACUUGCAAAUCAUCAUGUAUGUGUUUUUAAGAGCUCCUGCAAAUUGGGAAUGAGACUGAGGAAGGAUGCUUUAAGACAGGGGUAGACAACAUAGUGCCCACCAGAUAUUUUGUACCAUAGCUCCUGUCAUCUCUGACCAUGCUAGCUAGGUCUGAUGGGAGUUGUAAUCCAAAACCUCUGGAGGACUUUAUGUUGGCUACCUCUGCCUUCUGAACCCCAAGAGCAGGACCCAAUUUCUUCUGUUCCUCUUCAUCUUACAUGCCCCACCCCAUUUCAGUGUGAUUUUGAUUUGCUUUUCUUGCUCAUCCUUCCACUUUUACAGCAACACUUUCUGCAGCAAAACAGGCAGCACUUCAGUGAGAUAAAUAGGGCAAGGAGUGUCGGUUGCAAGCCCCCUCCACAGAGGCUGGCCCCUCUCACUGUCCUCGGAGCUUGCUUACCGGUAACCUCCUCUGGCUGACAUCCAGACAAACCAGGGAGAUUUUGAUAGGCGACAUUUUCCCAAGAGUGGGUAAAAUGCACAACCCCCCUCCUCCUGCUUCCGCAGGGGAAAGAAAAUAAGUCAGAAAUCUAUUUACAUGAUGUUUAUUUCUGACAUUACAGCACUAGAGAAAAACACGUCCUUUCAGUUCAGUUCUUCCAGCACGUCAGGAAAACUUCCUGAACAUGCGCACACAGAAGGUUUCAAGUUACACUCUUCACAAAGACUUAUCCAGCCUGUGAACGUCCUGGGAAAUUCUUCUUUCCCACAGAUAGGCGCAUCAUGUGAUGUCAACAAUCUGGCUGUCUGCAGCGGUGAUGUUUCCAUAUACUGACAUCCUCCCCCAUAUGAAUCAUCGUUAGCUGCGGACAAAGCUUGAUCCAGAGAAGAAAACAAACAGUUGUUAUACAUAUAACAAUCCCCUGUUGUUUCAGUUCCACCCUUGGAACUACCCGCCACUGGUUUCACCAAUGUAACUCUCUGGUUGUCUGUUUUUCAAGGAACUAGUGCAUCUGCAUUACCUUGGCUAGGAAAUGUAGUGUUACGCUUAGCAACUACCUGUUGUGUCUUUGUCUCUGACUUAGACAUACCCUUAACCUGGCUUGAGUUGUCAGCAAUAGUAAUACAUGCAACAGCUGAACUAGCAAACUCUUGAGAAUACUUCUUUGGUGGUACGCCCUUUGUGAUUCUCUCAGACCUGCGUAUGAGGUGCUGAUCCUCUUUGCUGACUGAUUCAGUCUCAGGACUUUUCGAAGAACCAGUUCCAAUAGUAAACAGUGGUUCAUCCUUAACCUGUGAAGAUCUAGCUUUUGUGUGUGAACCUUUCUCAAUAACUGUGUCAACAGAACUCUCUGAGCUUUCUGUGUCACUUUCAGUAUCACUAUAAUCAGAAUAAUCAAAUUCAUCAUCUGAAUCAUCAGCAGUGGGAAAUGUGUGAAAAAUUACUCUCUCCUGUCCAGGAGCACUCUCUAGAAAUUUUGUGAGAAUCACCUGACCAGAUUCAGACAAAAUUACUCUGUAGAGACUCUUUUCAUAACCCACAAAAAUGCCUCUGGCAUUCUUCACCCCAUCUGGAGUUUCCGUCCUGAUUUGAGAUCCAAAAACCUUAAAAUGUGAGACAGAAGGUUUUCUGCGGAAUAGCCUCUCAAAAGGAGAACAUUCCAUACCCUUUGAAACCUUUCUCACCCAAGUGUAACAAAAACAUGAUAAAGAUUCAGCGCAAUACUCAUGUGGCAAGUGUGAACUCAGCAAUUGUGCCUUCAUGCCAUUCUGCAACACUCUGUUCACUUUUACACACACAGUUUUGUUCCAUGCAGCCUCUGAAACAGCAGCCUUGUGCUCUAUCCCUUCCUUCUCCAGGAAAUCCUGAAAAUCCUGUGAAAGAAAAAUUGGUUUCUCAUCUGUGAAAAGAAAAUCAAUUUUAGCAUCAUGAAUAUUCUUAACCUUAUCACAAAACUCCUUAAACCUUUCUAAGGUUUCUCUGGGAUUCUGCAACAUGUAAAUCCAUACAUAUUGAGAAAAAUGAUCAACAAAUACAAGAUAGUAUUUUGCAUUGCCUCUAGAUGGUGCUAAAGGACCAAUUACAUCAGCAUACACUCGCUGAAAAACACUGUUAAUCUUUGUUGCCUUUCCUCUUGUGUCUUCUUUCGAGAUACCUGCAAGAGAAAGCAUUUUAGAUUCACAUGCUGUGCACAUUUUAUAGUCCGAUUCCUCAAAUGUCAACAGAUACAGUCCAUCUUUCUCUCUGGCAGAAAGAUACAGCUCUCCAUCUUUGUAGAUUUUGCAGCUUUCCUCAUCAUAGGAUAACACCAGUUUCUUCUUAGUUAUUUGAGAAACACUCAGCAAAUUGUACUUGAAAUCUGGAACAAAAUAAACAUUGUUUAUAGUCAAGUUCAGGCUUUCUAGAUACACAGUUCCGAUCCCGGUCGCUUCCAUUUCCUGACCAUUGGCCAGUUUCACAGUGAAGCGUUGCUUCUCAAACGUAGAAAACAGUUCCCGGCGUGAUGCCAUGGGUUGCAUCGCUCCUGUGUCUACAAUAAAUGAGUUCUCCACGGAUGAUGUGGCUUUUAGUGACAUCAAAGCCAUAUCUGGUUUUGCCUGGGACUGGGUACGACCUUUGCUUGAAGCCUCAGGCUUUACAGAGCUCCCUCUAGCUCCUUUCUCCUGACGUGGUGUCUCCUGACGAACAGCGUUCUGAGCUACAGCUUUCUCCUCUGUAGCAAUUGUAGUGGGGGUGCUAGAUUUCCAAACUUCACUCCCCCCAUCAGCAACAGCCAUUGCAGCAGUGCUAGGAUCAUCAACAGCAACAGCAGCAACCGUCCCUUCAUUUCCUUGUUGUAGCUCAAAGCUCCUCCCAGCUUUCGAUGAGCUCUCAAGAAUUUGGCUAGCUUCAUCUUGGCUCUCCCCCUUUGGCGCAACCAAUUCUCGGUCCUUGCUUCCCACCCCAGCUUCACAAGCUUUGCGGAGUGACUCCCAAGCGACCCUUGGUUCUGCUGCACCCUUUAGGACUGGCUCAAGAUAAGCGUCCACAUUUUCCGCCAAAAUUCUCAGGACACGCUGCUUCAAUUCACUUUGAACUGCAGCCUUCUUCCCCUGUGCUUGUACAGCAACAGGCUGUGGGGUUUGUACUAAGUCCCAUAAUUGCUCUCCCACCAGCAAGAAUUCCAUUGCAAAUGACCAUUCUAGCCAGUUUUGGCUAUUCAGUUUCUGAGAGAACAGAGCCAUCUUUAUCCCAAGCUGCAGCUUCAGCUACAAGCUGGAAAAUCCAAUAGUCUAUUGGGCUAUUUACAAGCUGCUUGCACAUGGUAGUCAGCCCAGCUGCCUGGAAUUUUCCCCUUCCACAGAAUCUGUAAACAACAAGCCUUCGCUGCAAUCCAAAAGCAAUCAGCAAGCUGCACUCUGCUUUGGAAAGUCCCCUUUCCAACUGUUUGUUUACAACAAGCGCCGCUGAAAAACACCCAGCCUUGCUUUCGCUUUUGAAGCUUUUCUCUCUCUCUGUGCUCUUUAAGCUAACCAGCUCAUAAAUUUUAGCUCAAAAAGUACUCACGACUUGUCGCAUAGCAACGGAACUUCUUAUCAGCUCUGGAAUGCGAAGUAUGUGGCCUCUCUCCGCUCUGUUUUAUCCAAAACAGGAGCUUUUUUCUCAGUGAACCGAAGACUUUUCAAUUCGCGUUCACCAUCCAGCCAUAAAUCAGCAUCGCAGAGGUCUGUGGAUCGUGGCUUAUCAGCAAAAAAAUGUCUCCCACCUGGUGCUCAGCCGUCUUGUUGUUGCAACCAUCCUCUGCUACCACUUGUCGGUUUGCAAGCCCCCUGCACAGAGGCUGGCCCCUCUCACUGUCCUCAGAGCUUGCUUACCGGUAACCUCCUCUGGCUGACAUCCAGACAGACCAGGGAGAUUUUGAUAGGUGACAUUUUCCCAAGAGUGGGUAAAAUGCACAACCCCUCUCUCCUGCUUUCGCAGGGGAAAGAAAAUAAGUCAGAAAUCUAUUUACAUGAUGUUUAUUUCUGACAUUACAGCACUAGAGAAAAACACGUCCUUUCAGUUCAGUUCUUCCAGCACGUCAGGCAAACUUCCUGAACAUGCGCACGCAGAAGGUUUCAAGUUACACUCUUCACAAAGACUUAUCCAGCCUGUGAACAUCCUAGGAAAUUCUUCUUUCCCACAGAUAGGCGCAUCAUGUGAUGUCAGCAAUCUGGCUGUCUGCAGCGGUGAUGUUUCCAUAUACUGACAAGGAGUACAACAGCCAGGAGGAAGGCAAUGACGUCAAUAGAGUGAUACUGGAUCCAGUUGAGGUCAUGUGCUGCUGGCCUCAAGUGGGGAGCCCCCUUGUGCUUCAUCACAAACUCCACCCAAUGCACCGCAAGGUCAAGAGGUUCAAUGGGCCUGUCCAGGUGGAGAGCUGAGAGAUGCUGGAUGUUCUCUUUAUACCUAAAAGAAAAGAACCUCUUUAGGAAAUAAAUAUUACAGGGAAAUAAAACACACAGCAUAUAGGAGCAGAUUUCCAAAGCAUUUGAAAUCCAAGUGGAGUUGAUACUGUUCUGAGAGACUGGGGACAUGGGAUGCAAACCCCUCCCCUGUUCCUGUGGGUGCAGAUACUUCGGGAUACUCUGUAUACAGCUUAUACAGGGUGACUGAGGCCAGAGUUCCAAUGCUUUUAGUAGCUGAACCCUAAGUUUUCUCUGGUGGAUCUUUCACAUAGCUGAUCUGUCUCCUACGUGACAGCUGCUGCUAAUCACAGGUCCUUGGAGAUAAAAAUGGAGAAUGAUGCAGUGUCCAGGAACUUCUGUGGGGCAACUGAUGAUACUGGUGACCACCAGCAGGUGGCAGUUGGAGGAGGGAUGAUCUCAGUCAGUGUCUCUUAAACACAGAAUGUGGCCCGCUGAGGGAAGCAGGAGCUGGUCAAGAACAGGGCCACUUCCCAAUGUGGAAGGAGAUGCCCCCUGCCUUCACUGCUGCUUCCUGACAUUUCCCCCAAGGCUGUCCUUUUCCAUUCCCUUCAGUUGCCCCACAGUUACUGUGUAAACUGGAAAUAGGAUGGUAUGAAUCAGCACAGGGUAUAAUAACAAACAGCAGAUUUGCUGGCAACCCUUGGCAGAAACAGCAUUGCCAAGGAGCAAAGAUGGAAUAUUGUGCAGGACAGUGGUUUGCGACUGUUAUGGAAUGCUUUCCAGAUUAACCUGUCUGUGAAGGAACCCCUGGAAACUCCUGCGCAUUAUGGAGGAUUUUGGAGAAUACUCCAGGGCACUUGGCUCACCUGGAGCACUGGCGCGGCUUCUUGGCCCUCCCCCCUGCCCCCACUUAUUGUUAGAAGAUACUCAUAGAAUCAUAGAGUUGGAAGAGACCACAAGGGCCAUCGAGUCCAACCCCCUGCCAAGCAGGAAACACCAUCAGAGCACUCCUGACAUAGAAAUCCAUGCUGACUAUUGGUGAUCACAGCAUUCCUUUCUAGGUGCUCACAGACUGUUUGCUUAAUGAUCUGCUCCAGAAUCUUCCCUGGUAUUGAUGUCAGACUGACUGGGCGGUAAUUAUUUGGGUCCUCUCUUUCCCCUUUUUGAAAAUAGGGACAACAUUUGCCCUCCUCCAGUCUGCCGGGACUUCGCCUGUUCUCCAGGAAUUCUCAAAGAUGACUGCCAGUGGUUCUGAGAUCACAUCUGCCAGUUCUUUUAAUACUCUUGGAUGCAGUUCAUCUGGCCCCUGAGACCUGAAUACAUCUAAACUAGCCAAGUAUUCUUGUACUAUCUCCUUAGUUAUUCUGGGCUGUGUUUCCUCUGCUGAAUCAUUUGCUCCAAAUUCUUCAGGUCGGGCAUUGUUUUCUUUAUCGGAGAAGACUGAGGCAAAGAAGGCAUUGAGGAGUUCAGCCCUUUCUGUGUCCCCUGUUUGCAUUUCACCAUCUUCUCCUCUGAGUGACCCCACUGUUUCUUUGUUCUUCCUUUUGCUACGAACAUACCCAUAAAAGCCUUUUUUGUUGCUUUUAACCUCUCUAGCAAGCCUGAGUUCAUUCUGUGCUUUAGCUUUUCUGACUUUGUGUCUACACGUGCUGGCUAUUUGUUUGAAUUCCUCUUUGGUGGUUUCCCCCCUUUUCCAUUUUUUGUACACAUCCUUUUUAAAUCUUAACUCAGUUAAAAGUUCUUUAGAUAGCCACCCUGGCUUCUUUAGGCACCUUCCAUGCUUCCGUCUCAUUGGUAUUGCCUGAAGUUGUGCUUUUACUAUCUCCCUCUUAAUAAACUCCCAGCCAUCAUGAACUCCCUUUCCUUUUAGUAUUACUGUCCAUGAGAUCUCACCCAGCACUUCCCUGAGUUUUAUGAAGUUGGCUUUCUUAAAGUCAAGAAAUUGAGUCCUAGUAUGCUUGGCUGCUCCUUUCCACUGUAUAGUAAACUUCAGAAGAGCAUGAUCACUCGCGCCUAAUGAUCCUUCCACUUCUACCCCACUAACCAGGUCAUCAACAUUGGUUAGGACCAGAUCUAAAAUGGCUAUAUCCAAAUAUAUCAUUUCGUUGUUUAUGUUCUAUCUGUCUUAUAGUAGUUUCUAUGUUAGUUAUUUCCAAAGUGUGUCUCUACUUGAGACUGUAAUAUGAAGCUUUGUUUCUGUAUCAAUAUGAUAUACUGUAUGUAUCUUCCUGAUCUUACACAGUGACAAGGGCUGUGGGUGGCGCUGUGGUCUAAACCACUGAGCCUCUUGAGCUUGCUGAUCAGAAGGUCAGCGGUUCGAAUCCUUGCGAUGGGGUGAGCUCCCGUUGAUCUGUCCCAGCUUCUGCCAACAUAGCAGGUCGGAAGCACACCAGUGCAAGUAGAUAAAUAGGUACCACUGUGGUGAGAAGGUAAACGGUGUUUCUGUGUGUUCUGGUUUCCGUCAUGGUGUCCUGUUGCACCAGAAGUGGUUUAGUCCUGCUGGCCACAUGAUCCGGAAAAGCUGUCUGUGGACAAACACUGGUUCCCUUGGCCUGAAAGCGAGAUGAGCGCCGCAACCCCAUAGUUGCCUUUGACUGGACUUAACCAUCUGGGGUCCUUUACCUUUUUACACGGUGACAGUACAGGCUCCUAAACAGCACCACAGCACCACCUACAGGGUCUACAAAGACAACACUCCAAUUCACAAGUUUACUGCUUUGAAUGAAUAGAUCAUUCAUAAACUGAUAGAGGACACAUAAAACAUUCAAGCUCCUUACAUACAUAUGUCAAACACAUUGUCGCAAGCAGAGAAAAAUGCCCAAUUUCCUGGUAACCAUUAUUCCGCAAAUCAAUAGUUGGAACAUGUCCAGACAAAUAAAGGGCUUCUCCACAUGUCCGUUUACUAUGCAUUUGCUCUUUGUUAUGUGAGCAAGGUUUUUCAACGUGUACACAUCAUCCUUAACAAAAUGGCAGCCCCAAAUUCCUACACAUUUAAUCCAGAUUUUCCCAAUCCAUGGAUAAUCCACUGAGGAAAAAUGGCCGAGUACAAAAAUGUAGUCACUGCUGACAGGGAAGCUUCUUUGAUGGAAUCUGCACACAUAUAAAAACCGUUCUGAAAAUGCUUUUUGAAAAGUGUUUUUAAAAAUACGUUGAAUUUUCCAUAAGGCCCACUAUUGCCAUCUAGUGUCACAUUGUAUAUUACGCUUAAAACACACGUAAAUAUUUUAUUUGCAGCUGUAUAGCUGAGUCUUUGGUGCACUUUAUUUUUUGGGGAAGGUAGUUUGUCAUGUACCCCUCUGGGUAGGAGGGGCUUUUAUUUUCAUACCCCUUACCUGUAUAUGCUGCUCAGCUGAAUACAAUCUAGCCAUUUCAUUUCCAGUGACCAAAAUGCUGCUGCACACUGAAGGCACAACAAAAACACAUCUGAAGGCUAUAACUACUGUAACAAUAUUCAACAACAACAACAAGAGCACGGAGGUCUUGUGCAGGCCUGCUCUGGCACAGGAAGCCAGUGUUAAUUCUGUUUAAAAAUAUAUACCAUGUCUCUGCAAAAAGAAAAGAAAAACACCCCACAAGCCUCUAUUUUGCCCAUCAGCAAUUGGCUUGAACUGGUAUUUAUCUGCCCCCCCCCCCAGUUUAGCCAUCUGUCCCCACCCCCUUUUGCAGCCACCACAAAUCAAGAGCUCUGUGACUUUGCUGCUGCCACUCUCUGUUCCACCUCCAUUCCGCUGAGCAGCAGCACUGCCACUGCUGGGAGGGCACUCCCCCCCCCCACAACACAACACACACUGCAAAAUAAAAAAAUUCCUUCCAGUAGCACCUUAGAGACCAACUAAGUUUGUUAUUCGCAUUCUGAACCAGGUAACUACAUUAUCACUAAUUUCAAAAGUUAUAGCAACCAGUUUAGUAGGCAUGUUUGUUGAAAAAAGUUGGAUUUUCAGAUUGUCAAUUUGAUGUAAUGUUUAAGCUGGUCCUCUCUGUGAUUCUUUUUUGAUUUAAACCAGUCCCCUCUGCAUUCAGGUCGGUAGUUCAAGUUUGUGAAUAGCUAUGUGAGAAGGAAGCAAUCCUCCCCAUCAAAAUUAUCCACCUAUAAGCAAUUGUCCUGAAGCAAAAUAUUUGGUUGAUGAGUUCAAACUCCCUGACCCCACCCCACCCAGUGAGCAUAAUUAGAGUGCAGUAUGGAAAAAAACUGGCUUUUGGACAUGUAGUGCUCCUGAAUAAAAGUGUGUUUAAAAGGCAAAUGUACCUGUGAAUGUGAAGACCCCUGGAGAUCAGAGAGAGCUGAAUUAAGGCAUUCGGGAGUAAAGUUGGCUGAUCUUCUUCCUUUGCAGGAAUGGCAAAAGCUGAACUAUGACAUCUAUACCCUACGGCAAAUGCGAAGGGAAGUGAGAAACAGGUGGAAAUGCAUUUUGGAAGAUUUGGGUAAGCUCAGGUUAUUUUCUUACAGUUAACAUACAAACAGUAUGUAUAUGUGAGGGAGGGAAACCUAAUAAAGACGCAAAAAGAAAAAGAUAUAUGCACUCAAUUUUGUGUGAUAGUGAGAUAUUAAAAACAAAAACAAACCCCCAUUACUUAAUACUGUGCCCCAUUUCAUUUUACCACUGGGUUUCCCAUGUGUCUGCAAGAUGAAGGCUACCUUUUGAUCCUUUGCAAAGAUAUUUGCAGUAACCUACAUUUGCUAACAUGGGACUUAAAAUCCUGUCCUAGGUUUUCUGAAGGAAGCAGAUACCCUGUUAUCAGUGACCAAACGAAGCAUUGUCAGUGACUCUCAGAACAUGAGCAAAGCCCGGGAGAUCCUCUUGAGGCUGUCUGAGGAGACAGCUAUUUUCCCAACAAGCUGGGAGCUUUCAGAGAGAUACCUCUUUGUGGUGGUAAGUCUUGACUUCUCUCUCUCCUGUGAUUACUUUUUCAUACGCUUUCAUGGAACUGCUCAGUGUGAUUUGGAAAGUAUAUUGGAUUAUGACCUAGUAGUGCCUGUCUAGCUGCAUACAGUCCUGUUCAGGAUUGGACUAGGAAUGACCUAUUCAGCACAAGAUUCUACAUCACUGCAAGCUUGCAUUAAUAUAGAAAUAUAGCAACUUUUGUGCCAAGAGCCACAGAUGGCAUAUUGACAGUUGUCUCUGGCACUGAAUCAAGAGUUAGUUUCAUCUGGUUGCUUUAUAGACACUUCCUUCCAAAGAAAUCUGCCCUAGAGUGUGAGCCGAGAAGACAGUUGCUAGUACCCCAGACAUACAGAUAGACUGUUUUACAUCUGGCUCACGAAGCUGCCUUUUCAGGACACUUGGGGCUUAAGCACACAUUGGGAAAGGUUGCUAGAGAAUUUUAUGGCCUGAUGUGCUUCAAGAUGUUAUAUAUCAGGUCUUGUGAUGUAUACUAAUGAGUGGGACAUGACGGAGAUCAUAAGCGUUUCCCGUUACAGCCCAGUGAGAUUAUUGGGGAACCAUUCACUAAAACUGGAAUAGAUAUUAUUGGCCCAAUGCCACAAGCCACAAAAUUGGCAAGAAGUAUAACUUAACUGUUAUUGAUUAUUGUACUUGUUUUUGUGAAAUGAUUCCAUUAUCACAAAUUAGUGCCCCUUUUGUGGCAAGAGCUUUAUUAAGUGUUUUUUCUCGCUGGGGCUUACCACAAACUGUCGCCAGUGACUUAGGUGGAGCUUUCAUGUCCCGGUUAAUGCAGCAUAUUUUUGAAAUUACUAAAAUUGAACAUAGGACAAGCCCGGCUUAUUGUAAUUGGAUCAAUGGCUUAGUUGAAAGGCUGAAUAAAUCUAUAGGGUGCAUGUUGCUGAAAUAGCUCAUGGAAAAGAAUGGGACCAACACCUUAUGUUUUUGAUGUGCACGUAUCCUGAUUCAGUGCUCCUCAAACUAGUAUAUGGGAAGUCUCUGCGCAAUCCAUUAAGCUUGUUAAAACAACAGUGGGAGGGAGUGUUGUAAACAAGCCCUUUGUCUGUUUAAGAUUAUAUGCAGAAGCUAUGAACAACCUUGAGUGAUGUUUGGAAAACUUCCCAAGAGAGUCUUAAAGUUGCCCAGCAGGGCCAAAAACAUCACUAUGAUAGAAAUUCUACCUGGAGAUAAAGGGUUGAGUUUGCAUGGAGUUCAGACGCUUUUUCUCUCAUGCAGGAUCGUCUCAUUGCCCUUGAUGCUGCUGAUGAAUUCUUUCGAAUUGCCAGUGCAACCUAUCCAAAGAGUGAAAGAUGUACAGUGAAAGAGGAAGUCAAUCUGAUUGCGGUCCAGUUCAGUUCUUCUCUGUCAUAACACUGAUCACCUUUGGAUGGACUUUUGAUUUUGAAGGGAUUGGCCAGAGUAAUGUGACUUCUUCCUUCAGGAAUCUCAGAAGUGCAGGAUAAAUCUAGAAUGAUGUACCUGUUGUAUAGGGUGAUGCAAUACAGACUCACCUUGACUCAGGAGAAAGUCUGUGAUUGGAGUCUGCUAUAAGCUUUGGUGCUAGAUUAGAUACCGGCGGUAGUCUUACAGCUGCAGUGAAUAUUAAAAGUGCAGUGACAGAAACCUCCUGUACUGCUUCCGAUGUAAUGUUUUUCUCUUUGACAGCUUGGUACAAUUGGUACAGUUAUUUCCCAUAACUGACUAUUUUCCUGUGUUCCUGUUUAAGUGGGAUUUUAACAGGGUGGAAAGUUAACUCCUUUUAAAACUGCCAUUUCAUCAAGUUCCUUCUCUCUUGAGAAUACACCAUGUAUCGUGCCAGGAAAACUCCUCAUAUCCAUCUAUGCAAUUAGAGAUUCUCUGUCUGGUAGAUGUGGGUGACGUAUUCAUCAACAAUGGUAGAAUGUUGUGAGAACCAUCAAAAACCAUACUGCAAAUUACUUCCUAGCAGCAAAAGAGUCUUAAUUAGCAUUUUUAGACGUGAAGAAAUCAAAUCCUGCUAUUCUGAGCUGGUUUUGCCUCAAGAUUCAAAAAUCUACAAUGGUAGUUACUGAGCUUUCCUCAUCAUAGCACAAAUCCAUUGUUCCACUGUGAAAGAUUAUUGUGUAAGCAACUUUUUAAAGAUGUUGUAUUGAAAACAUCUGCAAGCCUUCCUUUUGUCCUAGAUCCUUAUGCAGUAGCUAUUGAUUCCAGUUGCCUCCUUUGUUCCAGCUGGUAUUUUUAUCACACACUGAACUUGGACAUUACGGUGUCCUGCGGUUUUGCUCGAAAUGGAACGUUUAGUAAUUGAGGGGCACUUUUGUUUUUGCACUUGCAUCUAUUUUUCACCAACCUGUUGGAACAAAUGUGUUUAUUGAAAUCUAUAUUGUGUUACAAAAGCUAAUGAUACAAAAUGUUUUAAUAUAGCCCAAAUAGUAUCUUGCUGUUUUAGUCUGGUAAUGAGCAAUGGUUUUAAACUACGGAUGUGGUGAUGGUUCAUUGUCACUACUACUUUUUUAAAGCAAAAAGCUGGUGCUCUCACCAGAUGGUAUUUGGUUUUUGUGGUUGCAACAUACCUAACAAAAUGGCAAGAGGUAUUUUAAGUGUUUGUACCAGUGAUGUUAAAACAGUUAUAUAAAAUGUGUGCUUUGUCACUUCCUAGGGAGGAAAACUGUAUUGAUUCUAUACUUUCAUACCUUAAUUUAAUAAAUAAAAAGUCCCUAUGUGAUUCUUCCCAAUUUUGAAGUAUGUUUUGUCUUUGUAAAGCAGAUUAAUGAAUGCUAGACAUAUUGAGGUUCCAACCAUUUUUCUAAGGCAAUUUAGAAAUUGUAGAAUACAAAAAAGCUUCCGGUCAGCGCCAUUAGCUAAUGGCGGAUUCCCUUUGAUCUCAGAGGGGGUCGACUCCGUGAAAAUCGGGUCCUGAGCGCUGUGGCGGAGCGGGGACCCUUAGAAAUCGCUGGCAGUGAAGCCUGCGAACGUGGGGACUCGGCGGGCACCCUUUAGCGCCCCCCCAACUCGCGAGGAAGCCCUUUCCGAGGCUUCGGAGCGGAACGGGGGAGAGGCGCGGUGCUGUGAGUCGAUUGCUGCUUUCACGGAGCGAAGCCGCGUUGCUGGAGACAAAAAAACUAUCUGGUCCUUGCAGAUUACUUUGUGAAAUUUACAAUGUAGUUCUAUGCAUACUUACUUGAGAACAAAGUCCCAUUGUGAUCUAUUGGUUACUCUCUAGAAAGUAUGUUUGGGACUGCAGCCUAAGCAUCAUGCAGAAGUAGAGCUGCACUGCAUGUUGUUCAGUUUCAGUAUUUGGGUGAGAAAUUACACACUUUCUCCCCCCCCCCCCACACACUAUUCAUGGCUCCUUUGCCUCAAAAUAUUUUGUUGGGAGUUGCUACCUGAUAAGAUGAUACCAAGGAUGCUGCCCAGGUAAUCCUGAUUCAUUGUGGAGUGCCAUUUAAUUUCUGUUCCUGUACUAUAUUUAAGGAUAUUUUGUAAGCCACUGAGAUCCUCUUGGGUCUAUAUAGUAGGAUAUAUAUAUUCUACCUAAUACAAAAAGUCUUGUGGCCUGUCUCAGUAACAUUUUUAUUACAGCAAGUGUUCUAAUAUCAAACAUGUGUUCAACAGGUUACCACAGAGGUGGUGAACUUGUUUCUCUCCAAAUGUUGCUGGACUCCAGCUCCCAUCAUCCCUGGCUAUCAGCCGGCCGACUGAAGUUGUUGAACUCCAACUCACAACGGCAUCUGGGAGAAGCACAAAUUCCCCAUCCCUAGGUUGCAGUGAUUAGGGCUGGAACCAAAGGUUUCCCUUUGCUGACCGAAGGAACUUAUUCUGCCAGGAAGACUUACUCUGUCCACAGAAGGGGACCUUUUGAAUCUGAAUGCAAGUCUUCCCAUGAGUAGCUGUUGUUGUGCAUCUAAUAUCAACAUUUAUGCUCCAGUUCUUUUCUGAAUCAUUUCUAACAAUAACACUGGUAGGUUCUGGGCUGUGGGAUCUGAUAAUGGCAGCUAGCAGAUUGAGGUUGAAUCCUGACAAGACAGAAGUACUGUUUUGGGUGACAGGGGGCAGGCAGGUGUGGGGGAAUCCCUGGUCCUGAACAGGGUAACUGUGCCCCUGAAGUCUUGGGUAGGGUUGCCAUACAUCAGGAAUUUCCUGGACAUAUCCAGAAUACUGCAGUCAGAAGCAGUGUCUGGGCAGAAAUGGGCAAAUCCGGAUGUAUGACAACCCAUCUUGGCAGUGUUGGUUUUGUCGAUUUUCCUUUUAAAAAAGCUCAAAAAUGACAAUUUUCUUUUGCUCAACAACUUUGGGCAAAACUAAAAACUCAACAACUUUUGUGGCAACCCUAACCUUGAGGUCAUUUUGGACUCACAGUUGUCCAUGGAGGUGAAGGUUAAUUCUACUAGCUCCACCUGUUAUGCCGGCUGAGACCCUUCCUGCCCGCAGACAGUCUCGCCAGAGUGGUCCAUGCUCUGGUUAUCUCCUGCUUGGACUACUGCAAUGUGCUGUACGUGGGGUGUGAUCACUUUGGUGUGAGGGUUGCAGAUUCAAUCCCUGGCCUUUCCAGUUAGAGCUGGGAGGGUCCUGGUCUGAAAUCCUGCACAGCUGCUGCCAGUCCGUGUAGACAAUACUGAGAUAGAUGGACCAAUGGCAUGUCUCAGCAUCAGGCAGCCUCCUGUGUUCUUCACUCAAAUGUACUCUCCCAGGCUGCCGCGCCUCCACUAUUGGAAACAGUGCUUAGGAAAUCAGAAAAAGUUAUUUGCCACUAUAGCCAGAGAAUUGGGGCAAAAUUUAGGGGUAGCAGAUUUUGGACAGAUUUAUUCAAAAUAUGCCCGUCUUGAGGCUCAACCUUGCUGUUUCCUUAGAUUAUUGUUGUAGCAACAGCAGGCAAGUAGCAUCAAGAAGGAGCUGGGCGUUUGCAUUGGGAACGGUUCAAGAUGAUGCCACCAUAUUGUAGUCUAGUAAGCUUCUUGGAUGCCCAUUAUCCCCCACUGCCAAGAGGAGAUGGCUAGUCAAGGAGGGCAGGGCCUAGUCAGGGCCACUGACUGGUAGUCCUGUUCCUGCUGUAGUUCUCUGGCGUUGUCGACAAGGUUCUCCUCGGCAUCUUUUUCCCUCUGAAUUCCACAGGGUGGCAACAUAGACUUUAGAAUGCCAGAAUGUGGAGGUUGCUGUUAGCUGUGAGUUCUUUCACCUCCAUUCACUCACCUUUGCCGUGUGUUCUUUAAACCUGCUCUCUGUUUUCAGGAAGUAUGUAGCAGAGAGAGAAAGAGGCACUUUACAUUUGAAGGUGCUGGUAACUGAAUUCCCACCUUAAUUCUCAACUAGGAUUUUUUUUUUAUAUAAGGCAAACACCACAAUUCUAUGAUUCUAUGGAAUGUGAGGUUAGGGAGAGAAUUGGUGGGGAAGUAAUAGGUCUUUACUCAGUCAAAUAAAUAGUCCCUGCAAAUGUGUUCUCCCUCCUUGCUGCUAGUUUUGAAAUAUCUUGCCCCCAUAUGAACCUGCCUGGAGCCUAAGAUCAUCACCCUUGAGAGUGGCAACAAGACUUCACACUCUGUUGUGUGGUGAGCCAACCUUGUCAUCUGUUUGAUGGCAGACAAAGGCAUUUUUUGUUUCCUCAGCAUUUGGGGAUAGCGCCCAUGAUAUUGUAUUGUUUAGCCUGUUUUAAAUAGGUUCAAACGGUUUUAUUUUUGCAAUUUUUACAUGGUUGUAAGUCACCUGUGGCUCAGACUUAUCCCCUGACACUUUGCUGGUCCUGAGCUCCUUCACUUGUCAAAGGAGCAACCUCUCUCUGGCGAUUCCUUCUCAUGUUUGCCUUCUGCAAAUAGAGCUGGGCGAUAUAUUGAUAGAGUUUGGUCCCCCCCCCCCCAACCUGGCAAGCAGAGACCCAGAUCUGCUUUCUUUUAUUUUCUUUUUUGCUGACAAGAGAAUAAUGCUUUUAGCUAAUUGUGAUGCUGUGACAAAAAGUUUUGUCUGCCCAUGCCAUAUUUACACAGCCACAUUAUGUUUGUACCAUAUUAGUAUAAGAAGCAUCUGGCAGCACAGCAUUUAAAGGAAAAGAGACACAUGGGUUAAUUUAGUGAAUCUCAUCCUAGGGCCAUCUUGCGGCUGAUUAUAGCUGAACUGUGCUGAACUUGGAGUGUGAAAAGAGCCAAGAGCGCAAGAGAAGUGUUGGCAGCAUUCUGGGGUUUAUUUGUGAGGGGCUGGAGAGUUGAGCAGCUGAGCUCUGAUCCCUUCUAGUUUAGAACGCCAUCCCUCUCAGCCCUGCAGCUUGCUGAGCGCUUUGCAAACUCCAGGAAGUCUCACAGAACUUAGCAGCAUUUACUGAGUAAAGCUGCUGUUAUAAGAAUUGCAGGUAAAGGUAAAGAAUUGCAGGUAAAGCAGAUUGCAGGUAAAGCAAUCAAAACAGGAUUUCUGCUGUAGACCGCCUCCUUCUGUGAUGUAUGUAUGAUGUUUUGGGGGGUGGUCUUGGACUACAGGGUGGGCAAUUUCAGAAAUCUAUAUAAGGGCUUGCACACCAUUGUUCUGGGUUCCUCCUCCCGCCUGCGUGUGGUGAGUGAGGAUCCUGUUGCAGCAGUUUAAUAAAGAUCAGGCUUACUAGCUGUUUUGUUUCUCA